AUGACAGAAGCAGUGAAAAAAGUUCCCAUUCCCGCCAAGGGCGUAGACUACCGCGGCAAAGUUGUCCUCGCUCCCAUGGUGCGCUCAGGAGAGCUGCCGUCGCGACUGCUGGCACUCAAGUACGGCGCAGACCUAGUCUGGGGCCCCGAGACCAUCGACCGCGCCAUCAUUGGCACCACGCGCACAGUCAACGAGCAGACGGGAUGCAUCGAGUGGUGUCGCAUACAGUCGCACGGCCUCAAGGAACCCCCACCGGAUGCGAAGACGAGCGUCAUCUACGCCAUGGAUCCCGUCAAGGAAGACAGGAAGCUCGUUUUCCAGAUGGGCACGGCCGACCCGGAGCGCGCCGUGCAGGCGGCCCGACUCAUCGCGGGCGACGUGGCCGGCAUCGACGUCAACGCCGGCUGCCCCAAGCCCUUUAGCACGAGCGGCGGCAUGGGCGCCGCGCUCCUGCGCACGCCGGACAAGCUCGUCGCCAUCCUCGAGGCGCUCGUCCAAAACAUCACCCCCGAAUACGACAUUGGCAUCAGCGUCAAGAUCCGCAUCCUCGAGACGGCCGCCGAGACGGAGGCGCUCGUCCGCCGGCUCGUCGCCACGGGCAUCACCGGCCUCACGGUGCACUGCCGCACAACGCCGAUGCGUCCGCGCGAGCGCGCCAUCCGCGGCCAGCUGCGCAUGGUGGCCGAACUCUGCCACGAGGCCGGCAUCGCGUGCCUCAUGAACGGCGACGUCGAGUCCAAGGACGAGGGCCUGCGCUUGGCGGCCGAGUUUGGCGCCGACGGUGCCAUGAUCGCCACCGCCGCGGAGACGAACCCGAGCUGCUUCCGCCCCGCCGCCGACGGCGGCCUGCUGCCCUGGCGCGAGGUCGUCGGCGAGUACGUCGAGACGGCUAUGGCCGUACACAACAAGUUUGGCAACACAAAGUACCUGCUGGCGCAGAUGGUGCCCGGCAAGGAGGCCGCACACAAGGCCGUCACGGCCGCGCGCUCGUACGUCGGCGUCUGCGAGGGCCUGGGCCUGCCGCACCUGACGGACCGGGCCCGCGUGCUCGACGAGCUGCGCGGCCUUGGCCAGCCCUCGGCCAAGCAGAAGAAGCAGCAGCAGCAGCAGCAGCAGGCGGCGCGCAGGCCCGCGCAGUCGACAAAUGCGACCGCGCUGGCCGCUGGCGGCCAGAUGGGCCAAGCACGCGCCCUGUCCAAGAAUAAGAAGGCGCUGUCUGACCGCCAGCAGCCGGCAGCUCCGACCUCGGACCCGGACAAGACGCCCGUGGCCUCUGUCGCAUAG